AUGCGCCUCGUCUGCGGAGAGGUAGAGAAAGACGUGACCGAAGCUCUUCCUGCCAAGUUUGGCAUCGUCUUUGACGGGUGCACCUUCAAGUCGGAGCAGUACGUCGGCGUCUUCGCCGUCUUGCUGCACGACAACCGAGCCGAGACUGUGCUGCUCGCCAUGGCCCCUAUUGUUGACGAUGAGGUCGAAGACCAUACGGCGGAGAGCCAUGUCGCGUUUUUGUCGACCGUUCUCGGCUUUUUCAAUCGCACGACUAACGACAUCAUCUACGUGGUCGGUGACAACUGCUCGACCGACGGCAAGGUGUCGACAUUGCUUGGUGUUCCGCUAGUCGGAUGCGCCAGUCAUCGCCUUAAUCUGGCAGUGACUGCGUUCAUGGGAAAACAUGAGAAGGAGCUGGAAAAACUCCAAAUGUUGAUGCGUAAGUUGCGCACACUGAAUGCUGCUGCGAGGCUUCGGUAA